AUGUUUUCUUUCUUCUUUCUCAUCAAAAACAUGCGUCUUAUUAGGCAAACGAGCCUCGUUUUAGACUUACUCUCUAUCCAUCUCUCGCUCAAUCUCUCUCUCUCUCUCUCUCUCUUAGUUCUUUAUUUCUAUUUUGUUCUCUUUCUCUCUUUUCCUUGUGUUCGAUUUCUCUUACUUUAUCGUUUUAUUUCCCUCCCUCUCUAUGUCUACCUACUCUCUAUAUUGUUUUUUUUCUCUCUAAUUUUAUCUCUCUUUCCCUAUCGUUCUCCUCUCUUCUUCUUUCAAAUAUCUCGUUAUAAUCCCCCCCUCUCUCUCUCUCUCUCGCGCGCUCAAUCUUCCAGUUUCUCUUUAAUUCUCUUUCAUUUUUUUUGCGCACCCUGUCUCUCACUCUCCAUCUCCCCUGUUCUCUCUUUUUUUCCUUUUAUUUCUAUUUUUUUCCUCUCCCACUUCCUCUCCUUCUGUUUCCCUUUUGUUCUUUUGUUCUCUCUCUUUAUCCUUAUCUCUCUUUUUCCUUCUUUUUUUAACAUCUUUUUUUUUUACUUUGCUCUGCAUCUCAGUUUUUGUCCGGCCAUCCGUUUUAGUUUCUUUUUUUGCAUUCCCUUUCUUUUCUCUCAUUCUUUCUCACAUUCUUUCUCGCUAUAUUUGUUCGUUUCUUUCUUUCAUCACUACGUUUGUCGUCUAUUGACCCCGUCUUUACAUUAUCUAUCUAUCUAUCUAUCUAUCUAUCUAUCUAUCUAUCUAUCUAUCUAUCUAUCUAUACACAUCUAUCUAUACACAUCUAUCUAUACGUAG